AUGAAUGACAUUCGUGUACACAGGCAAACUUUCUACACCAGGUUAGCUAAAAGAGGCAGAGCCCUGCCGCCCACGGACAUGUUUUCGAAAGUGCUGCUGCACGCAAUCGUGCGGCGCGUGCUGUUCGCGACGUACACGGUGGCGGGCGUGGGGCUGGCGUGCCGCCUCACGAUGGUGGUGCUGGCGCUGACCGGCCUGCCGCAGCCGUGGCCGUCGUGCACCGACCGUCGGCUGCCGCCGGCGGCCCCGCAGCAGCUGUCCGCGCAGCAGCUGCCCGCGCAGCAGCCGGCCCCGCACCCGCCGAGGGACGAGGAGCCGAUCAGCCAGUUCCUGGUGGUGCUGGCCGUGUCGUCGCCCGCCUCCGAGGAGCGGCGCCGCGUGCUGCGCGACACGUGGUUCCGGUCGUGCUCGCAGGACUUGGACGCCAAGUGCUACUUCGUGGUGGGGAUGGGCGGGCUCGACGAGGAGGACACGCGCCGGCUGCUGGAGGAGCGCGACCUGCACCACGACAUGCUGCUGCUGCCCGACCUCGUCGACACUCCUGCCAACCUCACACUCAAGGUGCUGAAGGCGUUCGUAUGGGCAGAUAAUAAGGCUCUCGCACAAUACGUGAUGAAGUGCAACGACGACUCGUUUGUCAGGCUGACGCAGAUAAUGAACGAGAUCAAAGAAGGAGACACAGCCCCUUCUGCGGCUUCCAUAUACUGGGGUUUCUUCGACGGGCAUUCCCCCGUAGAGGCUGUGAGCAAGUGGUGGGACACCGACUGGGUACUGUGUGACUACUACCUGCCGUAUGCCCACGGAGGCGGCUUCGUACUGGGCUCCCGGCUGCUGCGUUACAUCACUCGCAACCAGGACGAUCUGCUGCUGUACUACAAAGACGACGUGGCUGUGGGUACGUGGCUGGCCCCCCUGAAGAAUGUACGGCGCGUGCACGACCCGCGGUUCGACACGGAGUCGGUGUCCCGCGGCUGCCACAACAGUUACCUCGUGACACACCAGAAGAGCGCCGACGAAAUGGUGGCCAUGUGGCAGCGGCUGCGCUGGGGUUCCAACCAGCCGUGCCCGGAGGGGCAGGAGACGCGCCACCGCCUCUCCUACAACUACGACUGGACCUCGCCGCCCUCCCGCUGCUGCCGCCGCCGCGACCCCUCCGUCCCGUGA